AACUUAUGCUUAUAUGGACUUCCAAAUGAAAUGUGGGAAGUAACCUUGCCUGCUGAGGAAGUUCCUCCUGAACUUCCAGAGCCAGCAUUAGGAAUUAAUUUUGCUAGAGAUGGAAUGGAUGAGAAGGAUUGGUUGUCACUCGUUGCAGUCCACAGUGAUUCAUGGUUAUUGGCGGUUGCCUUCUAUUUUGGUGCACGUUUUGGUUUUGAUAAAGAAGCCAGGAAGCGACUCUUCCACCUGAUAAAUGGUCUUCCCACCAUAUAUGAGGUCGUGACAGGAACUGCCAAGAAGCAAUCAAAAGAAAAAACCAACAGCAGCAGCAAGAGCAAGUCUGGCUCAAAGCCAUCAUCACGUCAGUCUGAGUCCCAUACAAAGGUCUCAAGGAUGCCUCCACCGAAAGAUGAUGAAGAGACUGAAGGAGAAGAUGAGGAGGAUGAAGAAGAGCAUGGAAACACUUUGUGUGGUGCAUGCGGGGAAAACUAUGCCAAUGAUGAAUUCUGGAUUUGCUGUGACAUUUGUGAGAGAUGGUUCCAUGGGAAGUGCGUCAGGAUAACUCCUGCUAGGGCCGAACACAUCAAGCAGUACAAAUGUCCUGCUUGUAGCAAUAAGAGGGCCAGAGCAUGAUGGAACUGCAAGGCUUGUGGUUGUUUUAGAGAUAGGGGCGUUAGAAAUACAAAGGGGGAGAACCAUUUUGGAUGCAGCAGUGAACAAACCUGCGUGCUUGAGUCUUGAUCUCAGUUUAGACUUUAUUUAGUCAUAUUGGACGCGUUCUUGUUGAUAAUCGGUGUCUGUUUUGUGUUAACACUGUAAUUGGUGAUGUUUCUCUGUAUGACCAAACACUAUAGCUAAUCUAAUAGAGUGCUUCCUUUGGCAGACCUUUUCUACUGCUUCAGGACCUCUGAUUUCUUCCUUGGCUAUUU